GGCGGUGGCGCGGGUGGGAGGUGCCCGGCGGGGCUAGAAAAGGGCUGGCUGGGUGCCCCGGGGGCUGUUAGCAGCGAGAGAGUGAGCGCUGCUGGAAGGAACAAGUGGCUGGCACUUGGCAAGGUGGAUUUGUACUUAAAGCUUUUCCCCUUUGAGGACCUCCUGCCCAGUUAUAGGGAUGUGGUUCUUGGAAAAGAUCAGAGCAUCACAUGAAAACGGCAACCUCCCUAGCUCCUCCUUCCUGGGACUGCCACCUGGCCAAAACCUGCCUGAAAAAGCUCGACCGGGGGCUGCUGCUUUUCCUAAUGUCCUCACCCCUGACAGAAUCCCUGAAUUCUGCAUUCCCCCCAGGCUGACCAGCUCUGGCCCUGUUAAGGGCACUGGCUCUCACCAGGACUGCUGUUUAGAGGACGCAGAUCUUAAUUCUUCUGACUACAGCCCCAGCUCUUCUUUGCCACACCUCAUUCAGGUGGAAAGCGCUGAAGAGAUCCCAGCUCUGGAGGAAGAAAGUACCAACUCGGACCCGCAGUCCCAAGCAGCGCUCUCCCUGCCUCACUUUCCCAGAGCCCCCACUUCCUAUGGAUUCUGCACUUUGCUGGAGAGUCCCCACACCAGGAGAAAGGAGUCCAUCUUCCAUGGUAAUCCACACAGUGCUCUGCCCAGCCUGAUGCUGUCUCGAUCCAGAGCUAACACAUUCAGUGGCAAAGGGAGUAUGUCUAAUCCCAUUGCUAUCAGCUUUGCUUCUGUGAGGCUGCCUCCCAAGCAUCUCUCUCUGCACAGGCAAGGCGCCUGUGACAGCGAUACUGCCUCCUCCAGUGAUUCCUCUCCUUUCAGCUCUCCGCUUCUCAGCAGGUCAUCUCCCAGAUUCUGCUCCCUGAUCAAAACACGAAGCCAGGAGGGAUUGCUCUGCCGAGCACUGAAAGCCAAGAACAAAUCCAGCAUGGCCAGGAACAAUUCCUUCUCUACAGAGGAGAGCAGCUCCACCGAUAACAGCCCCAGUGCCAUCAGGCGGGCCUCGGAGGGGCUGCUUGCCAUGCGGAGCUUUAGCAUGUCCUGUUCUCCCAUCUUUCCCCUGGACCUGACCCACAGGCGGGAGAGACUAGUGGGAGAGAGUACUGUGGUAAUGGACAAGGGAGGCAUGUUGAGGCUCUCGACUGAAUACUGCUCAGAGAAUGAAAGGCUGCGGAUCCGUCUGAUCAGUGCAGAGGGUUUAUAUGAUGACUCUGUAGAGCCCAAAAACAUAAACUGCUGUAUCACCUUCUCUCUGGUGCCAGGGAAAACACAGAAGCAGAGGAGCACUGUCAUAAAGAAGAGCAGGAACCCCAUCUUCAAUGAGGACUUCUUUUUUGAUGGCAUUGCAGAAGAGGAGCUUUAUAGCAUUUCUGUAAGGAUGAAAGCAAUGAAUAAAGGGUGCAGCAUGAAACGGGAUUACACCUUAGGAGAACGGGAAUUGUCUUUAAUGAGUAUGUUGUCAGUGUAAUACUUCAAAUAUUCUGACAGACUAAUUGUGUCUCCUGAAAGUUUUCUAUGAAAUAAAGUUUUGGGUUGA